AUGAGAAUAGUAUCCGUCUUACUGUAUACUUUAAUGUACAGUAGUAGCACACGUAAGGAUACAUCGGCACAACAGCGAAAAGCGUUUGUCAAUCCACAAAGUGAAUGUCGCAUUAAAUGUCUCAAUGGUGGAUUUUGCGCAUACUUAGUUGAUAAUCCGUCGAUACAUACGUGUCUUUGUUUACUUAACGUUUAUUACGGUGAUCGAUGUCAGUAUGCUGUUGCUGAAACGACAACGUUAGCAACCGUUUCUACCGAACGUCCGUUUUCGCAUCAUUCCGGACGAGAACAGCUCGAAAUUGAACAUCGAAGACACGAGCCACCGAUUCAAUCAGGAAAAUUUUCCGAUGAUGAAAGCACCAGAUAUGAUGAAAUAUCUCAAUUCGGACACACGAAAGUAUAUCAAGUAAAAGAAGCGAAAAGCGUUACAUCAACUGAAGAAAUGGAAAUGGAUGACUAUACGGAAGGUUGGGAUACGACAACCGGUAACGAUGACGAAUAUUCCUACGAUGAUCGAGCUACCGAUCCAUUAGAUACCGUAAGAAGUGAAUCAUCGAUGCCGGUAUGGCUGCAGGAAUCGGAUGAUUACCGUGCGGUGACAGGACAGAGAAAUCCACAACGAAUUUAUUUGAAUAAAAAGAAAACAGAUCAAAUGGUAACGCGUCUGAAUAAAGAUAAACGAAUGAAGACUGAUGAAGAAACGUUAGCGCAAUGGACAAUCGAAAACGAUAAUUCUGACAGUCAAGAAUUAAUGACGGAAUCAGAAUCCAUGGACAGUGGUUGGAUGAUAAGCAAACGACGGCGCGUUAUCACCAGUGGUACUGCUGUUGUCACCAAUAACCUGUUGCAAUCAACGUUCUCCUUCAUUUUCCUUAUUAUGCCUCUGUUAAGGUGGUUGCAAUUUGUCUAA